GGGCUGUCCCGGGAGCGGGAGCGCGCCCUGGAUUACUACGGGCUGUACGACGAGCGCGGCCGCCCCUACAGCUACCCCAUCGUGGCCGAGGAGGACCUGAUGCCCGAGGAUGACCAGAGGGCCACCCGCAACCUCUUCAUCGGCAACCUGGACCACAACGUGUCGGAGGUGGAGCUGCGCCGCGCCUUCGAGAAGUACGGCAUCAUCGAGGAGGUGGUGAUCAAGCGCCCUGCACGCGGCCAGGGCGGCGCCUACGCCUUCCUCAAGUUCCAGAACCUGGACAUGGCUCACCGGGCCAAGGUAGCCAUGUCAGGCCGCGUUGUUGGCAGGAACCCCAUCAAAAUCGGCUACGGGAAAGCCAACCCCACCACCCGGCUGUGGGUGGGGGGCCUGGGCCCCAGCACCUCCCUGGCCGCCCUGGCCAGGGAGUUCGACCGCUUCGGCAGCAUCAGGACUAUUGACUACGUGAAGGGCGACAGCUUCGCCUACAUCCAGUACGAGAGCCUGGACGCCGCCCAGGCCGCCUGCGCGCAGAUGAGGGGCUUCCCCCUGGGUGGCCCAGAGAGGAGGCUCCGAGUGGAUUUUGCCAAAGCAGAAGAGACGAGAUACCCACAGCAGUACCAGCCCGCGCCGCUGCCCGUGCACUACGAGCUGCUGGCCGAUGGGUACAGCCGGCACCGGAGCCUGGAGCAAGACUUGAGGGUGCGGGAUAGGACUCCUCCGCACCUCCUGUACUCGGACAGAGACAGGAGCUUUGUGGAGGCAGACUGGGCCAGCCCUGCCAAAAAUGCCGAGCGCAGGAACAACCUGGAGAGCUACAGCCGGUCCGUGCGCAGCAGGAGCGGGGAGCGCUGGGGCGGCGACGGCGACCGCAGCGUGCCCAAACCCUGGGAAGAGAGGCGGAAACGCCGGAGCCUCUCCAGCGACCGCGGGAGGACUACUCACUCGCCUUACGAGGACAGAAGCAGGACAAAGGCCAGUGGGCCAGCUCUAGACCGCAGCCCUGACAGGGCUCGCAAGGAGAAUCACACUACAGAACCCGGGGCCGAGAAAGAGCAGAGCAACUCCCUCCAGAACAAUCGCCACGCGGCUGAGGAGAAGCCCCAUCGCGAGCCAUCCGAUGCUCCCCAGCCCAAAAAAAGGGACAGCGAACGCAAUCAUCGAACUGGUGAAUCGGAAUCAAAAACUCACGAGGAGCCAAAAUCCGAGACCAAAAAGCUAAAGAAUUUAUCAGAAUAUGCUCAGACACUGCAGCUUGCUUGGAAUGGGCUUCUUGUGCUAAAAAACAGCUGCUUCCCCACCUCUAUGCACAUCCUGGAGGGAGACCUGGGUGUCAUCAACGGACUCCUCAAAGACCAUUCGUCCGGCGGGAAGUUGACGCAGCUCAAAAUCGCGCAGAGACUCCGGCUGGACCAGCCCAAGCUGGACGAAGUCACCCGCCGCAUCAAACAAGGCAGCCCCAACGGCUACGCCGUGCUCCUGGCCACCCAGUCCGCCCCGGCAGGGGCAGGGGCCGAGGGGACCUUCCCUGCUGUGGAGCCUGGCUUGCAGCGACGGCUUCUCAGGAAUCUGGUCUCCUACUUGAAACAGAAGCAGGCUGCUGGGGUUAUCAGCCUGCCCGUGGGAGGGGCGAAGGGCAGGGACAGCACAGGCAUGCUUUACGCGUUCCCUCCUUGCGAGUUCUCUCAGCAGUACCUCCAGUCAGCACUAAGGACAUUGGGGAAGUUAGAAGAAGAACAUAUGGUGAUAGUUAUAGUCAAAGACACUGCCUAGCCCACACUGUCUUUUCAAAUUUCAUGUUUUCUUUGUGUGUCACACAACCCAGUUGUUUUUAAGGCUGAUCAUUUUGGCAGAGGCUCAAAACACCUCGGCCAAAGUGGUAAGAUUUUUAGUUUCUAAUUAAUUUUAAUACCUAUAAUAUCUAUUAAAAUUUUAAAUAGAGCCCAUUUUAUUCGUUUUUAAUAUGUGACACUGUCCGCUGUUGUUCUGUAUUUUUAUUUUUUAACUGUAUGAAAAGUUGUCAGUAAAGCCUUGUUCACUGAUGGAUUUCUAAAA